AUGCGUCUGACAUGGGGAUCGGAGCCUAGGCUCGGGGCCGGCGCGCUCAUGGCGACUCUGCUGAUGAUGCUCAAUGGCCUCCUCGCCGCCGCCUACGAAUUGGACCCCAACUCGACUUCUUCCAUCACGUCUAUCGCAAAGGACAUUGCCGCCGACUUGGUCGGCAUGUAUCACGGCCAUGAGCCUGGCGGUACCCCAGGCCUGCUCCCCGAGCCUUACUACUGGUGGUAUACCGGUGCCAUGAUGGGAUCCCUCAUCGAUUACUGGGCCUACACAGGCGACGACGAAUACGUUGCCCUCACCAAGCAGGCACUGCUCUUCCAAGUCGGCGACCACAACGAUUACAUGCCCCUCAACCAGACCAGAACCGAAGGAAACGAUGAUCAGGGAUUCUGGGGUCUCUCCGUCAUGUCGGCCGCCGAAUACAAUUUUCCUCAUCCUGAAGCCGAUGAGCCGCAAUGGCUCGCCCUCGCCCAGGCCGUCUUCAACACCCAAGCCGCUCGUUGGGAUACCGAGCACUGUGGCGGUGGUUUGCGAUGGCAGAUCUUCCAGUGGAACAACGGUUACGACUACAAAAAUUCCAUUUCUCAAGCAUGUUUCUUCGCCUUGGGCGCGCGUCUCGCCCUCUUUACCGGCAACAGCAGUUAUGCAGACUGGGCCGAGACCACCUAUGACUGGAUGGAGAAAGUCAAAUUCAUCGACCCCAAGUCAUUCUACGUGUAUGACGGCGCUCAUACUGGAAACUCGUGCUCGAAGAUCGUGCCCUACCAGUUUUCGUACAACGCUGGCGGUUUCAUCCUCGGCGCUGCCGCCAUGUACAACUUUACCGAGAGCCAAGUCUGGAAGGAUCGCCUUGACAACCUCCUCGAAGGUGUCAAGAUCUUCUUUGCGGGCCCCGAAAAGAACAUCAUGUCAGAGGUCGCCUGUGAGCCCGUCAAACUUUGCAACCUCGAUCAACAGUCUUUCAAGGCAUAUCUGAGCCGAUGGCUAGCUGUCACUACUCAGUGGGCCCCGUACACUGCCGACAUGAUUAUGCCUCUCCUGCGAACCUCAGCUGUCGCCGCGACGAAGGUCUGUACCGGAGGAAGCAACAAACGAAUGUGUGGUCUUUACUGGACCAAGGACAAGUUUGAAGGUACUACGAGUGUCGGUCAGCAAAUGGCCGCUUUGGAAGUCACUCUUUCGUGCAUGAUCCAGAGUCGACCCGCCCCCUUGACACAGGAUACCGGAGGCACAAGUAAGGGUGACCCAGGUGGUGGCUCUGCGGAUAUUGGACGUACAACCCCUGAAGUCGACUGGGACCCCAUUACUGGAGGAGACAAGGCAGGAGCUUCAAUUCUCACAAUUCUCCUCGCUGUUGGCCUCGUGGCCUUUACGGUUUGGAUGUUCCUCGACGAGACAUCAAAUAAGGGCGUUGUUCCUCAGUUCCAGGGCUUCUCAUCGUCAGUUGUUGCUGCGGUUACCACUCUGGCUGCUGGUGGAGGUCUCGCCGCGGCUCUGGGUUUCAGGCGCGAGAAGGACGAGGUCCGCGAAAAGCCCAGCAUGAUAUUCCAAACGACAGGCGACCAUAGCUCUCAGACAAGCGGUGACAAGCAUAUGGCCGUCGAGCGUCAACCAAUCCCUGUUGGGGUUGUGCGCAGCGGAACCCCCGGUCAGCAUCGUCGAGUGUCCAGCAUGCCUUUGGGAUGGCCACAUAACCCAACAAUGAGAGGAAGCGCCGCAUAUGACCCUGACGGUACCCACCCGGGAUCAGGCCGACAGUCGCGGGUAGAAUCCGAACGAGGAGAGUCGAGCAGUACCCCUAGCAGCUCUAACGAGGCCAAUCGAAGCUACAUCCCUCACGAGAUCCCGGUAGGAACCGCUCUUCCUCUGUUUAACGACCCCAACCAAGCGUUCGAUGGGAAUGGAAAGGCUCCGGCUAGCGUGCAAUCUGCCGAGCCCACCAGUAAUGUGGCCGAAAAUAACGAUAAAGCCGUGGCAGUUGGUGGCGAGAAUACAACAGUGCCCAGCCCCGAACAGGGAGGCAUAUCGGCCAGAGCGGAAGCGACUUCAUCUGCAGAAGAGCAGGCUCACCCUGCCGAGACUCCUCAGAAAGGCAAGGCGGGCUCACCGGAGACGAUUGGAGUAGCACAUUAA